UUUCUUUCCUUAGUAACUUUGCUGUGGUUGACACUGGAAAUCUUGUUGCGUUAGUGUUUGCACAGUGGUUCCUUCCUUCACUCACAAAUCUAUCACCAUUGAUUAAUUUUCAAAGAUAUAUUGUUGGUAACACUUUAGUUAGUGGCAAAUAAAAUGGCAAUGGUUGAGCCUCAUGAUGUUACAAGUGUAAGGAACAAGCUGAAGACGCUUUGUGCUGUGAAUGGCUGCUCCUACGUCAUUUUGUGGCGCAUUCAUCCUCAAAAUACCCUGAUGCUACGCAUGGAAGAUGUAUAUUGUGAAGAUCAAUUGGGAGAAGAGAUUGUAAACACAGUUCCACAAUUCCAUUCGCUGGGUGAAGGAAUUGUUGGUCAUGCUGCUUUGACCGGCAAGCACAGAUGGGUGGAGUCAGAUGGUCAAAUGUGUGAGGAUGAUUUUGGUUUGCAUCCACAGUUCUUGUCCGGGAUAAAGACAGUUGUGAUGAUAUCUGUUAAAGCCUGGGGAGUGGUACAAUUUGGAUCCAGAAAGAAGAUUUUGGACAGAGUGAAAUUUGUGGAACAAACAGAAAGGUUGUUGAGGGGAAUAGAAGAUGAGGGUUUGGAUCUAUAUCUAGAUUGUGAAAAUUUAUAUGAUUGGAAUCUCAAAUGUGUUGAUAGUGAGAACUCUGAAAUGGUAUUGGGAAAUUCGUGUUCCUAUCCAAGUCUUGAAGAUUCCUUCCCUUCCAUGGAUAUGAUUCUUGUGGAAGAAGGAACGACGCCGAUGCAUGGAUUCUCUUAUCUUUGUGACCAAGCAGUAGAAGCUGAAGCCGUAUUUGAACACCACAUAGGAUGUCCAACGGAUAUCCCGCAUUCUGAUCUAGGCCAUUUGUUAGCCCAUUCAGACCACAGCAUUUAUGGAACAGUGACUUCGUGGGAUGAGUCACUAGGAUUUAAUUCCCCAUCUUUUGGUCUGAUUGGUAUUGAUGAUGUUCCAUUCACAUGUCAAACUGAGCAUAACACUUCAAUUACAGCCAUGCAUUGUUCUGAAGACAGUUUCUUGGGUAGCAUGAGACAAUAUUUGAAAGUGAUCAAAAGAAAGAAAUAUUGUCAAAGUCACAGAAAGGAGUAGGAAGGCCUCAAAAGGUGGUGCAACACAAUAAGGUCACGAGGAAAAGAGCUAGGCCAGGUGAAACAACUCGACCGAGACCCAAAGAUCGUCAGCAGAUUCAAGACCGCAUUGGAGAGUUGAGAGGGAUCAUUCCCAAUGGUGGAAAGUGUAGCAUAGAUUCUUUGUUAGACCGAACCAUCAGAUACAUGAUAUUCUUACAAAGCAUUACCAGGUAUGCAGACAAGCUGCAAGAGCCCAGUGAGCCUAAGCUCAUUGAGAAGGCAAAAGACAGAAGUGGUGGUGUGCCCAAUUAUUGUGGAGGAUAUGAACCCACCUGGCCAAAUGCUUAUAGAGAUGCUUUAUGAAGAUCAGGGCUCCUUCCUUGAGAUAGUGGACACCAUUGGUGGCUUUGGAUUUAGUAUCUUGAAGGGAAACAUGGAAAUUAGGGAGACUAAUAAGAUAUGGGCACGCUUUAUAGUUGAGGCCAACCGACAUGUAACAAGGAUAGAUGUGUUUUGGUCCCUCAUCAGACUUCUUCCGCAGAAAAAACACGUCUGGAACGGAUUCACCAAACAGGCAUUGUAAUAUUAAUGAUGUUGCCUUUUCUUCAAUGGACAAAUAUGAACAACAGAUAUGCCAGUAUAACUCAUGUACAUGACAAAGAUAUUUGGAUGAUUAGUUAGUGAUGAGAAAUUAGAGGGAUGAGCAUGAAAUAGAUUUUAGAUAUAGGAAUAUAAGAUACACUUGCCAAAAUAUGACACGGUUAUCUUUAAGCUCAUGUUAUGGGUGGUGAAAUGUGAGUAAAAUGAUGUUUUGAUGUAUUAAAGUAU